AUGGCGUUAUUUCUAAGGAUUUGCCUAUUGCUUGUACUGGGCGUUGCUGGGAUAUCUUGUCAAAUUGUGAACAUUUCUCAAAAAUGCAAUAUGAUUGGUCCGUUAACUAAUUAUUACCACAAAGACUCUGAUUUGAGUGGAAUGAUCGAAUUGAAUGGCAGUCGUUUCGUUAAACCGUGGUGUUUCUGGCAUUUUCAGACAGGGGAAAAUAUUAUGCUGACUUUUUACUUGCGUGAUCUGAAGUUACCGUCCAAUUCAUCGUUGGUAAUUGCAUCGCAAACAUCAUCUAAAUACGUUGUCUAUAAUAGCUUAAGUAACGGAAUUUCAGAACCCGUGGAGUCGUUAUUUACCAACAAAUUUUACGUUAAAUUUUACAACAAUAACACACAUAAGUAUUACAGCCCUAAAUUCAAGCUUCAUUUUGGUCCUUAUUUCGGUGAUACUUGCUCGCAUGCAACAACAUUCCAAUAUUCAUCUGGGCGGAUUAAUAAGGGAUAUGGUUCUAAUUUCCCUUACUGCGGCUGGACGAUCAAGGUGCAGCCAAGUUACGGAAUUACAGUCAAGUUUAAUAAAACUUCAAUGAUCGGCUUUCCUUCGAAUACAUUUGUUAAAUUUGGUGUAACCAUCCCUAUCGAUCUAAAGAAGUACGUCAAUUAUUUUGGCUCUGGUGAUAGCAUGCCUUAUAACUUGAGUACGAUAUCUAACGUCGUUUGGAUAGCUAUUACGAAAUCGAACGGCAUGCCGCCGCUAAGGAAUACUACUCUUGCCUUCAGCUGGUUUUCAAAGCCUAAAACAAAUAUGACAAGUUAUCCAUCGUAUAUGGAUCAUCAUGCAAAUUUUGAUCACCCCACUACUGUAGCAAAUUGGGGUACUGUUAUGAGUACCACAACUCCCAAGAACAACAAUCAUUCAACAACAUACUUUAGUUGGACUGUUUCUUUCGGAUUAUGUUUCGCUUCUUUCUUUCUUGUUAUAACCGUCGUUUCAUGGUAUAUUCGACAGCGGCGACUACAAGCUUUACAACAAAGUUCUAUAUCUUCGCGUCGUUUUUCUCGUGAUCCGGUGUCUAUGUCACGUCCUCCAUCGACUGUAAAUGAAGUAACAGUUCCGCCGUCAUAUGAGGAUUGCGUUCAAGCUAGAGGUGGCGCUUCAAAAGAUCAGAUAACUGGUGAUGAGGCCUUGCCUGAUAUACAAACAAAUUACGGUAGUUUGCGUCCCCAUGAGUGGAGAUUUACGGGAUUUAUUUACAAUAGCAUAAGGCAGUCACAAUCAUUCUCAUACCGUUACAUUCUAUGUCAAUAUGAAUUUGUAUAUUCUGAUCAAGAGACGGGGUAUGGACAUUUAAGCAAGGAAGAACAGUCUACUUCUAUGUAUGGAAAGCUACUUCAAAUUGAAAUGUCGGUCCUUGGUCACAACUAUCCUUAUGUUGCUGGGUCAUCAUAUAACAGUAUUGAUGCAGCUUAUUAA